GAUGAAGUUUAUACUCAUCUUAUUUGCAAUGGCGUUGAUCCUGGCAUCAAAGAAUGGUAUUUUAGUGAAAGUGGUUCACACUCAGCUCAAAAUGAAAACAGAGAAUUUAUGCAUGAUGACAUCGAAAUGGGUCAUCCUCUUGGGAGAAGAAAGGGAGGGAAGAAAGGAGCAUUUUCCCUAGACUCCAACACACAAAGAUUAGCACAUCGGUAUGUUAUAUUCAAUUGCCAGGAUGAGCUUGUUGAAAAAUACAUCAAGAUGGUGUCUAUUCCCAACGACGAUGAUGAAAAUAGUUGGACCCGAGAAGGUGUACCUCCCAUUGUUCUUGAUUAUCCAGUUGAAAACCAAGAGACUAAUUCAGAAUCAUAUGAUACAGUUGGAAAUGAUACCCCAACUACAGCUACUGCUAAUAUAUCUCAAAUGGGGCGAACUAAUGAGUGGAAGCCAUCAUUUGCAGUUGCCGAAGUAGGAAUUCCUCAUCAGGCUUGCGUUUGUCCUGCUCUUGCUAAUGAUAGGUUUCAUGGUGAUAGUGACGUGCGGCUUAUUGGCGACGACGCAUCUAUGACGAACAACAGCAACGAGCACAUAUAUCUAUGUCAACAGCAGAUGCUCGCCCAAGUCAUUGCAUUUCCUUACAUGCUGCCAAAUAUGAUGGUGCCAUGCGCGGACGUGCCGAAUGUGACGAUUCCAGGCGUGCUGGUUAAUACGCUGCCAAGGCCAACCUUAGAUAGCAAUCACGUCUCAACAUGUUUCGUUUGCUUAGAUGGCAAUGAGAGCUCAAAAUUUUUGAAGCCUAUUGGGAAAGAGCUGAAGAAGAUCAAAUUGGCCAAAAGGAAGCAUCACGGCAAAAGCAAGAUAAAGAAGAAGCACAAUUUGAAGAUGUCAAACUAUGAGAUGCAAAGGUUGAAACGAAUGGCUGAAAAUCAAAGAAGAAUGGAAGAGUUGGGGUUAAAAACUCUUGCUUAUGAGGUUUCAAGAAAGGACCAGAAACGGAGGGAGAUAAGCAAAGUUAUUUCUAAGGAUGAUGUAGCAAAUGAUGAUGAAUAUAUCCCUGAUGAAGAGGAACACGAACCAAGAAAGUCGAGUAACGAGAAUGGUGCACAACAUAGGAGAAGAUUGAGCUCUCGUUCAAAGAAGGUGGUGGCAGUAAAAGGAAGUUCUCACAAUGGGUUAGAGAAACCACAAUCCUCAAUGGCGAGUUUACUGAACAUGCACCGUCAAACUCCUGGAGUGCAAGAAAAACUGAGGAAAGAUGACAACGAAAAAGAAAUGGAUUCAUUAGAAAUGGUUCAACGAGACACCGCUGGUGAAAAUGAGCAUUCUAAACAAGUUACAUGGACUGAAAGAUUAUCCAGACCAGCUACAGUGAUGCGCAGUAAACUGCAAGGCAAAGAUGUCAUAAGCAACUCCUCCAAGAAGACUGCACAAAGCAAAAUAUUGGUCUCGCCUGGAUCAAUUGGUGCUUAUGCUAGGAUGAGGAGAAACUCGACGGCUGAAAAAGAACCGCAAACAAUCAUUGAUAGUGUUCCAAGAAAGCAAGGCCAUUUGUUUGAUGAUGUAGGUGGUACUGGAGUAAGUAUAGUUGAAGAAAAUGAAGCUUAUGAAAGCUUACAUGAAUAUGUUGCUGAAGGAGAAGAUGAUAUGAAUCCAAAAGAAAUCGAAGAUGACGCAGUGGAGAUUGAAAACGAACCAUUUUCUGACCAAGAACGACAUAAUCUACCAGUGGAGAAGAAACGAACAAGGGGACCAAGUUUGUGCAAAGAUAUCCACGAGCGCACUAUUGAAAAUCGUUUGCCUAUCAUUUUGAAUGAAUCGUGUCAACCAAUUGGACCAGAUAAGACAACUUUAGAUAAGUUUAGCCGUUUCUUGGGAACGUUAGCUCGUAAUUCGAAUCUUGCUCCGUUGAAUGAAAUUAAUUGGACUCAUGUUCACGAUAAAGACAAGAUUUGGGAAUAUGUCAAGAAAAAGUUCAUCAUAGCAGAGGAAGGUAAGACGUAUGUGUUGCAAUCCAUUGGAGCUUUAUGGCGUACUCAUAAAUCAAGAGUUAAAAAGAAAUAUUACUACAAUUCUAGCUCCAAAGAUAUAAAUGGUGAAAACAAAUCGAUUCCUGAUUCUCAUAUGAAGGAUUUGCUAAAAUAUUGGGAUCUAGAGGAGGUU